UUGUUUGUCAGUGCAGACAUGCGUGUGGCAGUGAUUGGAGCUGGAGUCAUCGGUCUGUCAGCAGCUCAGAGCAUUUAUGAGCAGUAUCACUCAAAAGUCAGUCCACUGACUAUUGAGGUGUAUGCAGACCGUUUCACUCCACUGACCACCAGCGAUGGAGCGGCUGGCUUCUGGCAACCAUACCUCUACGAUAAGGGCAAUGUCCAGGAGACAAAAUGGAACAAGGAGACUUUUGACUACUUACUGAGCUGUCUCAGCUCCCCAGAAUCUGCCAAAAUGGGUAUUUUCCUCCAGUCUGGGUACAACGUCUGCACUGAACCAGUUCCAGAGCCUUCAUUUAAGGACAUUGUCCUCGGCUUCAGACAACUCUCAGAACGAGAGCUGCAGCUGUUCCCCGGAUACAAUUUUGGAUGGUUCAACACAGCUCUCAUGGUGGAGGGUAAAUCAUACUUACCAUGGCUGAUGGACUGGUUGAAAAUAAGAGGUGUGACAUUUCAUCACAAGAAAAUUGAAUCUUUCAAAGAGCUUUCGGAUGCUGGCGCAGACGUGAUCAUAAACUGCACGGGGAUGAGAUCCGGUGAGCUGCAGCCAGAUCCAGAUCUGAAACCAGGCCGUGGCCAGAUAGUGAAAGUUGAUGCCCCAUGGCUAAAGCAUUGGGUUAUUACGCACAACUUUAAGACUGGGGUCUACAAUUCACCAUAUAUCAUUCCAGGGAGCCGUCUUGUGACAGUUGGAGGGAUUUUCCAGCUUGGAAACUGGAGUGAACAGAACAACUCCAUAGACCAUCAUCAGAUCUGGGAAAAGGCUUGUCAGCUUGAGCCAAGUCUCAAGCAUGCCAGGAUUGUGGAUGACUGGGCAGGUCUCAGGCCUGUUCGAAGCAAAGUCCGUCUGGAGCGGGAAACCAUACAGGCCGGCGCAGCUAAGAUAGAGGUGAUACACAACUACGGCCACGGAGGUUUCGGACUCACCAUUCACAGAGGCUGCGCCCAGGAGGCAGCCAGGCUCUUCGGUCAGAUUGUGGAGCAAAAUGGCAAAUGUUUUAAAGCUCGCUUGUAG